CUUCCCCCUCACCCCAUGCUACCAUCACAUCCCAUCCCACCACCAUCCACCAUCCACCAUCCCAUCCCACACCCCCCAACCCCGUACCCGAAAUUUAAAAAAUAGCUCUGCAUUUACCACAAUUAGCACGAUUACCACAAUUAGCACCAUCAGAGGCGAGUACCGUAUUAAAAAAGCUUCCACCCACUCCAAUUGCUCAAAAUCACCCCUCCACCUCCACCCCCCCCCCAACACCAACCCACUUUCAGCCACUCACACCACAAUAAACCCCCCUCUUCACCGUUCUGUGUGCGUCUAUUCGCAAUUCCCACCAAAACCCACAUUUCACACCACUUCCUGUCCUUGCUCCCUCCUUCCCACUACUCUACUCUCCCUCUCCUCCUUUCUACUCCUACAUCUGGCCCGCAUAUAUAUACACAAUAUCCUCACUUCUCAUCUACGACUCGACUCUCCUUGUACAUCUCCGCGCCAGCUAUCAUCAUGCCUAGCCCACCUACAUACUCCAGGACUGCCUCCUCUGCCGCGGGCGAGAACCCUUUCCUUGAGGACCUCCCCGUCUGGAAGAGAGCGCCUGUUCUCAUCGGUUCGACCAAGUUCGAGCCGCUCCCAGAUGUCAAGAACAUCAUGAUCACUGGUGGCGCUGGCUUCAUCGCAUGCUGGUUGGUACGACACUUGACCCUCACAUACCCCGACGCAUACAACAUUGUCUCCUUCGACAAGCUCGACUACUGCGCAUCGCUCAACAACACCCGCGCCCUCAAUGACAAGAGGAACUUCUCCUUCUACCAGGGCGACAUCACCAACCCCUCCGAGGUGAUGGACUGCCUCGAGCGCCACAACAUCGACACCAUCUUCCACUUCGCCGCGCAGUCGCACGUCGACCUGAGCUUCGGUAACUCGUACGGGUUCACCCACACCAACGUCUACGGCACCCACGUGCUGCUCGAGUCCGCCAAGAAGGUCGGCAUCAAGCGCUUCAUCCACAUCUCCACCGAUGAGGUCUACGGUGAGGUUGAGGACGAGGAUGAUGACCUCCUCGAGACCAGCAUCCUCGCCCCCACCAACCCCUACGCCGCCUCCAAGGCCGCCGCAGAGAUGUUGGUGCACUCUUACCAGAAGAGCUUCAAGCUCCCCGUCAUCAUCGUCCGCAGCAACAACGUCUACGGCCCCCACCAGUUCCCCGAGAAGGUCAUCCCCAAAUUCACCUGCCUCCUGAACCGCGGCGAGCCCGUCGUCCUCCACGGCGACGGUUCCCCAACCCGCCGCUACCUCUUCGCCGGCGACGCCGCCGACGCCUUUGACACCAUCCUCCACAAGGGCCACAUCGGGCAGAUCUACAACGUCGGCUCCUACGACGAGAUCUCCAACCUGUCCCUCUGCUCCAAGCUCCUCGCCUACCUCGAGAUCCCGCACAAGACCCAGGAGGAGCUGCACACCUGGAUCAAGCACACUCACGACCGUCCCUUCAACGAUCGCCGCUACGCCGUCGAUGGGACCAAGCUGCGUAACCUCGGAUGGGACCAGAAGACCUCGUUCGAGAAGGGAGUUGGGAUUACUGUGCAGUGGUACAAGGCUUUCGGUGAGGAGUGGUGGGGUGAUAUCACUAAGGUCCUUACUCCGUUCCCGGAGGUCGAGAACAAGAAGGUCAUUGCUGCGAGGGAUGUGGUGGUGGAUAACAUUGAGGGAGAUAUGGUCGUUGAUAAGAACGAUGAUAUGACCCUCAAGCAGGUCAACGGCGCAAAGGCCUAGAUUUUUUAAAAUAAUCUAGACCACCCACCCCCUCCCUUGGGCGGGCGGCUCCGCGGUCUUUCUCGCGGUCUAUGCAGUUUGCUUUUAUUCUGGGAGCGGGAUCUGCGAAGACGGGGAUGCUUGCGGUGCGGGCGCGUUGUGUGUGCAUUUUGUUUGUGAAAGCGAUGGGAGAGAAGCAUAGAUAGUUGGUCUUUUUAUGUCCCCCCCUUACCUUGGCACGCCCACAUGCGAGAGAGAUUAGACCGAGAGAAGGGUUGAGAUGGAGAGACAGGAUAAAAAAGGGGACCCCUUAUUUUACAGAUUGUGGGAAAGGAAUAAAAAAACAUAGAAUCUUUGAUUUUGUUUUGCGAAGGGGGGAUUUGGGGAUUUGUUGUUGUCAGAUCUGCGACGUCGCCUUCAGUUUAAUUUUUAACGUUUUUUUGAUGCCUUUCUUGCCCUGUUUGAUGUUCUGGUUUUGAGUCGUCUCCCCGUGCCUCUUGUCCAUUUAAAAUAGUAGUAGAACUGGACUUGGGAGCUUCGCCUGUUUGGAUUUUUAUUUGGUCUUUGCAUGGCAAGCUCGAGAGUGAGCGGGCAACAAUACAUGAGUUUAUUUUGGAAAUGGCUCAUUCAAGCUGAUGGGUUUGACGAGUUUAAUGUGAUAUCGUUGAAUAGUUCUGUGAAGUGGAUUUUAAGUGAUGAUGUGAGAGUGAUGCAGCAAAUAGCUUCGUUUCCUUAUAUAUGACAGGUCAUACCCCGUUACACAGCAGAUAACCAUAACCACAG